GCGAGGUCGGGCCUCUUCGGGCUCACGUGUAAGCGUUCAAAGCCAGCUGGUCUGGCUUUGGCUUAACCAAUGGGCCGAGUGAAACCAAGGCAGCAGAAAGACGAAAAGUUGUAGAUGCAAGGAAAGGGAUGCAGACAGUCAAGAGGAAGGCCAUGUGGAGACUGGAACAGCAGGUUCUGUGAAGGCAUUUGUGUGGCAACAACAAACAGGCCAGGUGUCAGGAAAAACUCGACGCAAUUGAAAGGGACUGGAUGCUACUGAGGUCACUCAACUCACGUGUACCCAUGCAGCCAGUGGCGCAAACACAAUGGACGGUGAUGAGGGAUUGGCAUACUUAAACUGGAAAUACAGUCACUACUUCGAGUUUCCCUAAAGAGGACAAUACUAAGAUUGUGCUGGGUGACUGCUGAAGAGCAUAUGGUGCGUGGAGACCAGUGAAAGUGCGCAUAUCAGAAGAAGGACUUGCACAAUGUGCUAGGAGAACGGUGGACGCAAAGUGUGUGUGAGUGUGUGUGUGUGUGCGCGCGUGUGUGCGCGCGUGUUUUCAUUUGUCCGAUAUCGUCAGUGAAGUGAAGUGAAGUGAAGAGACGGGAAAAAGGACAAGGAGGAGACAUGGGGCGGAAGAAGAUACAGAUCACCAGGAUAAUGGAUGAAAGGAACAGACAGGUUACUUUCACAAAGAGGAAGUUCGGCCUGAUGAAGAAGGCCUAUGAGCUGAGCGUGCUGUGUGACUGCGAGAUCGCACUCAUUAUUUUCAACAGCUCCAAUAAGCUGUUCCAGUAUGCCAGCACGGACAUGGACAAAGUGCUGCUCAAGUACACAGAGUACAACGAACCCCACGAGAGCAGAACCAACUCCGACAUUGUGGAGAAAUUAAGAAACAAAGGCCAUAAUGACUGUGCUAGCCCCGAUCCCGAAGACUGUUUCGGGCACAGCCCCCUCACCGAUGACCAUUUCGGCAAACUAAGCGAAGAGAGCGAUUUAAUGUACAAGCGCUGCGGUGCGCUAAACAAGAAAGAACACAGAGGUUGCGAUAGCCCGGACCCCGAUGCCUCGUAUGUCCUCACUCCUCAUACUGAAGAAAAGUAUAAAAAAAUUAAUGAGGAGUUUGAUAAUAUGAUGAGAAAUCAUAAAAUCCCCACAGUGUUGCCUCAGCAGAACUUCUCCAUGCAUGUGGCCGUACCCGUGUCCAACCCCAACGCCAUGUACCAGCCCGGAAGCGUGACUCUGACCACCCAGAGCUUAGCGGCGGCCGCAGCCUGCCUCAGUGACAACGGGAUGCUGUCCCCUCAGCAGGCCUCCUUGCAUAGGAAUGUGGGCUCCAGCGGAGGCCCCCAGAGGCCCACCAGCGCAGGCAACGGCUUCACCAACCCCAGGGGAUCCCCGGGCCUCCUCAGUGCACACAGUGGCAACGGCCUGGGUAAAGUCAUGCCCACCAAGUCUCCGCCGCCCCCCGGAGGGAACAUGGGAAUGGGAGGCCGCAAGCCAGACCUGAGGGUUGUCAUCCCUCCAUCUAGCAAAGGGAUGUUGCCCCCACUUAACACCCAAAGGAUAAGCAGCUCCCAGUCCACCCAGCCACUGGCUACUCCAGUGGUAUCUGUCACCACACCCAGCUUACCUCCACAAGGACUGGUCUACUCUGGCAUGCCCACCUCCUACAACCCUGCUGAGUAUUCCCUGAGUAGUGCAGAGCUCUCCUCCCUGCAGGGCUUCAGCUCUCCCGGGCUGUCGCUGGGCUCCGUGUCAGCAUGGCAACAGCAUCAACUGGGCCAAGCAGCGCUUAAUUCUUUGGUCAGCGGCGGAGGGCACCUACCUCAGGGCUCCAACCUCUCCAUCAGCACGAGCCAGAGCAUCAACAUUAAGUCGGAGCCCAUCUCACCACCGCGAGAGCGCGUCACCUCCUCCGGCUUCCCGCCCCAGCAGCAGCAGCACGGUCCCGGCCGACAACAGGAGGGCCUGGGACGCUCGCCCGCCGACAGCCUCAGCUCCUCCUGCAGCUCCUACGACGGCAGCGACCGCGAGGACCAUCGGGCGGACUUCCACUCGCCCCUCAGCCUGGGCAGAGCCCCUCCGGCCGGCGACAGGGAAAGUCCCUCUGUCAAGCGCCUGCGCAUGGAUGCGUGGGUGACAUAGAGCGGCGGUGUGUGUGGAGCAGGCAAGAGCAAAGGGUCCUUCUCGCUAAUGAUAUCUUUAUUCAACAACCCCCCGGUUUAGUUUGUAAAUGAAGCGCAGGUACUGACUGUCAGACAGGAACAGUGAGGCGUUCAGAGACAAACAUGUUACACUAGAUUGUUUGUAGUCAUCUGACAAUUAUAUUAUGUCGUUGCUGUUUUGCUGUAUUGCUCACAAACAGAGAGCAGGCUGAGGGCCACCGUUUUUAGAAUCAUGCUGUAAACACUCACACUCCUAUACACAAAGAUAUGUCAAGAGGCCUCUAAUUUAUUGACGUGGAGUGAAGGGAGAAUUUCAAAUGAAGGAAUCCAUUGCAAAAAUGGUGUAGUGUUCAUGUUGCUGUUAAAGGGGACAUAUUAUGGGAAAUUGACUUUUUAAUUGCUUGAACAGUAGUCCCCACACUAUUCGCAGAGGAUAGGACACAAGCCCUGAACAAACGUGAAUAAUGGACACUCCUCCCAAAAUGUUUUCAUUAAUCGACACUAUUAAUAGUUUAAAAUAUAAAUAUACCACAAAUUAUGAUCCAAAAACCUUUAGUGUCAUUUCAAGCAGAUCUUUCAACAUUGCCCUUAAAAAGAAAGGCUAAACCAAGCUCCCUCAGUCAAGCUAUACAAUACUUAUUUGGCACCAAUUCUUAUUUAAACACUGGGCUUCUUUGGAAAGUCAGAUCUCCUAACCUGUAUUCCACCUUUCCUUUACCUUUGUGGAAAAGGUCAUCGGGUCAUGGCGAGACGUAAAGAUGCUUCUUUUUGAACAUAGGAAAGAACAGCACUGUUUAAAAUGAAUUUGACUGCUCUUUUCUUAACCAAUGUUGUGUGAUGGCAAGUAUUGCUGAUGUAAGUCUCUAGCGUGAAACUAGUAUUUUCCAAAGAUGGACUGCAAAUAGCGCUUCUUCGAUCCAUGCAUGCGUAUUAUAUUUUUUUUUCAAUCAGGUUGUCACCAGUAGUGAGAAUCACAUAGAGGCUGAAGUUAUGUUCAUGUGGAAAUUCACUGCCCCCAGUAGUCUUUCUUAAAUGUGAAAUUGGCAUUUAUUUUCUAGUGUCCUGAAUCUUGGACUACGAAAUGUCUAAUGUAAACAUUGUUAGGAAUUGUUUAGUAGCAUAAGGGUAACUUACUUGCAAUUUAAUGCUUCUUCUCCAUAGGUCUUUUCUUUUGCUUCUGUACAUUUGAGCAUCUUCACGUAGAAUCGGUAAACUUCAUUGGUGCCCUUUGGCUUAAAUAUUGCUGCCAUGAAGGAUUAUGGGUAGCAUCAUUUUCAUAAGUGGUUGAUCAGGAUUAAUCUGUGAUGGUUAAAGGUUGCAUCGAGGAACCAAAGGAAAAGAAAGUUCCUAAGUAAAAAAAAAACAGAAUUCAAAGAGGCUUGCAGCUUUGGCGGCAUCU